AUGCCUCCGCCUAAAGUUCCUGGACCGAAACUCUAUGCCAUCUCGUGGAUACCGCGGUUGUGGCAUCAGCAGAUUCGUGGCACCCACUGGAAAAACCUUGUAGCACUACACGAGAAAUAUGGCUGCAUCGUUCGGACAGGACCAGAUGAGGUCUCUAACGCUUCGGCCAAAGCUUGGGAAGACAUUUGUGGCAGCAAGACCUUUGUGCGAGACCUGAAUUUCCUGCGGGUCACACAGCUCGAUGAGCGGCACAGUUUUAUCUCACCCGUCAAGACCGAACAUAACGCUGUCCGGCGUCUGUUGCAGCCUGCCUUCACCGAUCGCUCACUUCUUCGACACGAGAGGAUUCUCGGGAUAUGGACUGAGAAACUGAGACUCAAUAUCCUGAAAGAACAAGGACGACCGGUUGACAUAGCCCAAAAAUUGGUAUGGAUGACCUUCGAUACCAUGGGUGUGUUGAGCUUCGGAGAAUCGUUCGGAUGUAUCGAAACAAACCGUCAACAUCCGUAUCUCAAGGCCAUCGAGAUGGGCGCACCGUUCCUGUCAUUACUACAAAUCAUCUUGCGGUACGAAGCCACAAGAGGGCUCUAUGAUUUGUUCCUCAAACUACCGUGGAUGAGGUUCUGGAACAGCCUUCGAGCGACUGCAGAAGCUAAAGCGGCAAAAUGGAUUGAAAACGCGGACGAUAGUAGAGGUGACGUCAUGAGCGUCAUAUGGAAAGCUAUGCAAGAUCAAAACACUCCGAUAUCGCAAAGACAGGCGGACGACCUGGCGUCAAUUCUCUGUUUGGCUGGAGCGGAAUCAACUCCCGUCCUCAUGUCCGGUAUGAUGUGGUGGAUUCUGAGCACGCCACACGCGCAUACGAAGCUCAGGGAGGAGAUCCGGACUGCUAUUCGAGAGUCGUCUGACAUCACAGUGCCGAAUGUCUCUAAGCUGCCGUAUCUGGAUGCUUGCAUCAUGGAGAGCUUGAGGCAGCACACGCCAUUCUCAGUUGCGAUUCCGCGCAUCGUGCCGGAAGGUGGCGCCGUGGUUGACGGGUACUUCUUACCUGCGGGGACUGUGUGCGGUGUUCCGCAUUGGGCCAGCGCACACUUAAAGUCUCACUUUACUGAUCCUGAUAUGUUUGUUCCUGAACGUUGGCUGCCUAAUCCCGAUCCUCGGUACGCCAAUGACAAGAGAGAUUCAUUCAAACCCUUCGCCAAAGGAAGUCUAGAUUGCAUAGGAAAGCGGUGA